AGAAUCUAACACAGCAUCAACAACAAAAAUGGAAAGUUCCUGGUUCUUUCAAUAUGCUGACUGUUGGAAAAGAGAUUCUUCUUGAAGUUCAGUCAACCAUUCGGGUAAGGAAAUCUGGCACUGAGAACACGAGUUGCUAUUUGUUGAUCAUCUACCCGGAACCACUGGCGUUGACAACACUUUCCGAUGAUGACUUGGUGGAUAAUUUUACCUAUGCUGACUUGAAAGGGAAUCCAAAUACUUUGUCUUCUGGUUGUAGUUCAUGGUCCUAUUUUCGUAAAGGAGAGGUUGUUUCUUAUUACUCAGGUGGUUGGAGUAGUAAGAAUGCAGAUCAUGAUGGUAGAUAUUACUAUACGAUGAUGGGCAAAGAUCAAGGUAUAUCAAGAGUUUCUAUUCUGGAAGAACUACCACUCAUGACAUGUCACAUGAGUGAAACAACUGAAAACCGAGAACUUGGGUUGUACCCUGAAGCAAGAGCUGCUAGCAAAUGGAAGAUGGAGCAGAGGGUGAUGAGUGAAGAUCAGUACCAGCCUGACAAAAUCACAGGAAUAGUAUUAUUGCUUGGAAGGGAGAGGAGCUAGUGUUGUUUUUGCUAGAAGCAGUGAGAAGGAAGAUUCAAAUCAUGAAGUUCAAGAUCCUGAAAUUUGAAAGAUACUGGGAAGGAAGAGGUGCAAGGAAGAAGAAGAAGCAGAAGAUCUUGGCUUUCUCCUAUCACCCACCUUGAGGACAAGGUGGAUGUUUUGGGGGGAAGUAUUGAUAGAGACCCACCUUUUGACUAAUAAUAGCUAUUAGUUAAAAUGCUGUAAUAGAUAUUAAAUAAUGUCAGGAGCUGGACUGCUAUAAAUAGAAGUAAGGCUGAGAAGGGAAGGUAGGCUGUUUAGACGUUUGAAUCUGGGACUUGGGAAGAUCGAGAACUUUCUCUUUCUUUUGGGGGGCUUCGGCUCAUUGGGGGCUUCGGCCAUAAUCUCUUUCAUCUUUCUGUAAUUGUUUCUCUUCCAUCAAUAAAGUGUUCAAUUGUUUUCUGAAGCUAGCUUUACUGUUCAUUCCUCUUGUAUUACUGCGC